AGGCAGCAGGCAGCACCCUGAACUGUAACGUUACACCAGGGCGUGCACUCCAAAAAACUGCGUGUUUCUUACGUUUUUAGCAUUUUUUUACCUAAAGCAAAUAUGUUACUUUUUUAUAUGGACCAAUCGCUGCCAAUUACAAUCGACAAUCUGUCGAAAUGCCUUUAAAAACACAAAAACUGUGAUUUAAGCGAAUUGCCUGUACUGUGCCUUUUCUUUGUGCUCCUUGAAACAAGUUUGUACACGUAUAACGGAUCCCUACGGCUGCUUUCGUUUUCUGGAUAAAACUUGUGGAGGGGUUUCUUCUUCAAGAUUUUUUAGAUCUCAUUAUGUAGAAUAAUACCGAUUCGAAAAAGAAAUGGACGCACGUUACAUUACGGAUUUGAUCCAAACGAGCGCACUUUAUACAAAAUGUAGAGUUUUAUAAUCAGAAAUCAUAUGAUGGACUUGGAACAUGAUUCGUAAAUCGAUUUUCCUUUGUUUGUGCCUGUGGAUUGCAAGUGGUGUGUUUGGUGUUGAUGCAGAUGAAGUGAUGUCAGUGAUGGAGGGAGAUUCUGUCACUCUAAACACUCAUCUUACUCACAUACAGACAGAAGAUCUGAUAUUGUGGCACUUUGGACCUCAAGGGAUUCCUAUAGCUAAAAUCAUUCAGAAAAGUAUUAAUAUGCCUAUGGGUAGCAAUAUAUUUGGAGACCGACUGAAGCUGGAAAGUCAGACUGGAUCUCUCACCAUCACAAACAUCACAAUCACAGACUCUGGACUUUAUAAACUACAGAUCAUCAGUGACAUCAAAGGAACUUCAUACAAAAGAUUCAAUGUUUCUGUUUAUGCUCGUCUGUCUGUUCCUGUCAUCAUCAGAGACUUUUCUCAAUGUUCUUCAUCAUCAGAAAGAUCUUCAGUGUCAAAUUGUUCUGUGUUGUGUUCAGUGAUGAAUGUGACAUGUGUGAGUCUCUCCUGGUACAAAGGAAAGAGUUUAUUGUCCAGCAUCAGUGUGUCUGAUCUCAACAUCAGACUCUCUCUACCUCUGGAGGUGGAAUAUCAGGAUACAAACACAUACAGCUGCAUGGUGAACAAUCCCUUAACAAACCAAACUCAACAUCUCAACAUCACUCAUGUCUGCCAGACAUGUUCAGAAAGCAGUGAUUCACGUCGAGAAAUAGGAAUAGCUGGUGUUUUAGUGCUUGUUGUUGUGACAGUAGUAGUUGUUGCGGUGGCUGUAUACUUACACAGGAAGAAGUCUCGGCCAACAACAGCUGAAGUUCAGACUCAUGAAGAGGUGCUUUACGCUGAGACGACAUUUUGUGCACGUAGAGUUCAGAGUUCGAAAGCCGAUGAAGAGGACGACGUAGUUUACUCGAGUGUCAUUAAGAGGUGACAUAAUUAGUACCGUACAAUUGUCAAAACCUCUCACCCCUAAACAGUACAUUUAGAUGUUUCACAUUCAUAUAAACUGUAGCACCGCUGUAUAUCAGCCAACAGCAGUCAUGAGACAUCUGUUGAAUUCCCCUGUCCAUGACCUGCCUUGAAUAGUUUAGUUUCCCUUAGGACUGUCUCAGUAUUUCAUCACAGUUUAGAACCGUAUCUAGCAAUCCACUGCCUCUGAAGCACAGUUUCAUAAUAAAUACAUGAGUUUUGUUUUUAGGAAAAUUCAGGAAAGACUUGAUGUGCUGCCCAGUUUUUCACAUUUUUUACAAUGCAGGCAACUUGAUGUUGCAUUAUUUUUUUACUGACCUGCAGUUGUUUGCAGUUGCAUAAGUGUUUUUGAGAACGUGUUCCCACAUGAGGUCAGUGGAACAUUCCAUGUACUCCCAAUGCUCAGCACUUAAAAUGUUUAGUAUUACUUAUUAGGUUAUGAAUUUUAUAUAGUAGGCCUUUUUUACAUGCCUCCCAGUUUUUUAUACUUGCGAAACUAACCUUGCAACACUUUUGUAUUUGAAUAAUUGAUUUUUCUACUUACGGUAACACUUUAAAAUAAUGGUCCGUUGUUAACAAGUAACUAUGCAGAAAGUAAUAGGCAGUACUACAUUAACACUUACCUUAAUACUAUUAACUAAUAUAGAAGCAAGAUUAACUAAGCAAUAAGUAAUAGCUCAUUUAGGACAAAGGUAGUUCCUUAUUUGGUAUUUGAUAAUUACUAAAGAAAAAUGCCAUCAUUGAGAACUACUUGCGAAAUAUGACCAAUUAAUAAAGAAAAAACAAUUAAUAAUUACUAAUCUCAACAUUAACGUACAUAAAGUGAAAAAAUAGGUUGUUUGUGGAAACAAAUUUAUGAAUAAAUACAAAUACCAAAAGCCUAAUACCAAAACAUGAAUGGAUAUAUUCUACAUAUAUAGCCUACAUAGAAGUGUUAAUAUGGUACCUAUUACUUUCUGCAUAGUUACUUGUUAACAACGGACCAUUAUUUUAAAGUGUUACCCUACUCACAAAUGUGAGAGGAUGUAUUAUGUUCACAUUAAUAUAUGUGUUUUGUAACCUGUGUAUUAAAACAAGCAUUUCUAAGCGAAUUGAACCCACUUGCAAGGUCUUUUGGACUGUGUGUGAUCAGCCGUUCAGCAUUCAUUUUGUUUCCCGUUGUUCAGAAUGGGACACAUUUUCAGCUCAGCUGAUCGGUGGAAGCUGAGCAGCUUGUAAAAAUGGACUGUUAAUGGAUCUAAAGGCACUUUAGAUGCUUUUGGUUUGGUCAUUUAUUGCAUUUAAAUGGACUGAGUAGAACCACAACACUGUUUUUUAUUAGUCAAAUAGCCUUAAUGCUGAUACUAAUGGAUACAGUAAAAGUCGUUUGAUUAAGAUCGCAUAGACAAGGUUGUACAAGUGCCUGUAUGAAUUUAAAUCACAAUUAUCAUUAUUGUGCCUUGGCAUACCAUGAAAAACAUGUUUUUUUUCAGGUAAUUUAUUGAAUUAUUCAGUCCAAACCUGUUAUGUUCUGUAGAUGUCGUUAUGAAUGCAUUCUGCAAUUAGUUGACUAUUACAUUGCAUCAAAUGUAUUGUGAUUAAUGUUGCCAGGCUCAAUAAAUGCAAUAUCUUUGUU